GCCAUUAUGUCAGCAAACACUGUGAUAGAAACCAUGAUGCUGGGGUAUGUAGCCCGUGUGAACCUGGAAGCUACCUUCCCUACCGAAAUGCGGAGACAAAUUGUCGGCUGUGCAGUCAGUGCCGAGAGGUUGUCCUGGCCAUGUCAUCUUGCCUUGCAAUGCCACAAGGGAUACAGUUUGCAACACGCAGCAUACUACAGACAUACCAGAAAAGAAACCCGAAGGUGCGUCCCUCCAAAUGUUUGUGCUGGUCCUCAUCACCAUCAUCAUCAUCGUCGCCCUCAUCUUUCUCCUCGUUUACUGCUUUAAAAAGAAAGGUAUAAAUUCACGUCAGGUCAGUCCUGGAAAAGCCAGCUCAGCAACCGCAUCAGGAGGUCAGAAGUGGAGAGCCGGUGUUAGGAGACCCGAUGGGGCCUUUUACAUUUAGAACACAGCUGUUUAUUUUCUUGCUCUUGUGCCUGAGCUUGGAACUCACGCACUGGGAGCUGCCUGCCACCUGCUUCUGGCACACAGGUCUUAAGCCCAGGUCAGGUCGGCUGGCUGCAGAUGCCAUGUCCGAGGUGCUGUGGGCCAAGAGGUGGGGAGAGACCAGUGCUGUGUCCGCAUGGGGGUGCCUGGGUGGAGGCAGGGGCCCCGGUGCUGGCAGAGUGCCCCGAGGAAGCUCACCUCCCAUGCUCUCCGCAGGUAUGUGGCUCUACCAGAGGUUCAUCAGCUUGUUGAAAGGAAGGGUGGACGAACGAAGCAGCACUAAUGGCCCUCUGCAGGUUGAGACACUGCUCCCUUCGAACCCUGAGAAUCACCAGCCAGCCCUGGACAUAGAAACAUUGUUGCUGGAGGAGGAACUUGAGGACAUCCCCUGCCCAAGGCCCUUGGAGGAGACCGAGGAGGGCAUCGAGCUGCAGGAUGUGAUGGUCAGAGAGAGCCCCCCAGCUCCAGAGCAGGUGCUACAGACUCCUGCUCUGGCUGCCUCUGUGUCACAGAACCAGAAUGAAGUGUCCUCCUCCCUUAAGAGUCUGGAACAGGAAUAUGCAAAGAGAUAUUUUGUAAAAGAUACAUCAAAUGAAGGUACCACCAGGCUCUAUUAUGAAUUUGAAGAAAUGAUCCUGGACAAGAACUGGAAAUCGCUGAUGAGACUUAUCGGUCUUGAAGAAAAGGACAUUGAAACUUGCAAGCACGAAAACCCAGACAAUUUGAUGGAGCAGCAUCAUAAGAUGCUCCUCAGGUGGAGGAACAAGCUGGGAAGGGAAGCCUCAGUUUUUAAACUGCUGGCUGCCCUACAUAAAAUGCAGCUGCAUAUGUGUUUGGAAAAUAUUAUCAACGUACUACUUGUUGAAGGCAUCUUAGGCAGACAUGGAGAGACCUCAGAUUAAACUCUUGGCAUGGGAUUAUGCCUUUACACAGGAUCUGACCUAUGCCAAUGUCUACCUUUUGGAAACUUCUCAGUUUUCAGUUAGAAAGAAUCAUGUGCGUCGGUUAACAGUGUCUCACUACAUUUUAGUGAGAGUGCUUUCUGCCAAGAUUAGUUGUGGGGAUCACCCGUGGCCAAGGUGUAACCAGGGGUGAGCAGGUCAUCACUAGAUUAACAUUCCUCAGGGAACUUUCCCCAAGGGAAAUUGUUUUUCUAUUUAAAACAAUGUAGCUGCUUGUGCUGAAGUCUUUAAUGUCCAGGAUGUGAAUGAAAUGCACAGGAUAUAAAUGAAAUGCAGUAUUCCUCAAUCGCACGUUAGUGACUGCUUUCAGUCACUGACCGCAAUAAGUGAAGCAUUUAAUUUUAUUGUAAAGUUAGCAUUAGUUUAGUGAGUAUGAAUUUUUCUGUUGUGUUUUCCUGUGUUUGUGGUUUUUUUGUAUUUAUUUUGAUACUGUGCAGAAGUGAAGGGCAGAGGGGGAGGGAAAGGGGAGGAGAAAGUUUAAGCAGGCCGCCCAGCCUGAUGGCGGGCUCCACUACAUUCAAAUCAAAAGCCACAUGCAUAACCAAUGGAGCCAGUCAAGCACUUUUGUUAUUUAUUUUUAACUAAUAAAAUUUUUAUCUU